AUGCUAAAGAGCCCGCAAAAUUUUCGGAAGUGUGGUCUGUUAUUUGUGUCAACGUUUGAUUUUUUGUAUGCGUGUAACCUCUUUCCCCCCGUUUUAUUUUCUUCAGGUAAGGAGUCAAUGCCCAAGGUAAGCGUCCCACCUAAGACGGAGCGCCACGGGAAGAUCGAGGCGCCAGAGACUAAUAAUCCCAAAGUCUUCUUUGAUGUGUCUAUAAAUGAGAAAGCAGCGGGACGGAUUGUUAUGGAAUUGUACGCGGACACUGUGCCGAGGACAGCGGAGAAUUUCCGUGCACUAUGCACGGGCGAGAAGGGUCGUGGGAAGAGUGGAAAGCCGCUGCAUUACAAGGGGUGCAUUUUCCACCGAGUUAUACCAGGUUUCAUGCUACAAGGGGGUGACAUCACACGUGGAAAUGGCACCGGUGGAGAGUCCAUAUACGGCACAACGUUUCGUGACGAGAGUUUUGCCGGAAAAGCCGGAAAGCAUACCGGACUCGGUUGCCUGUCCAUGGCUAACGCGGGACCCAACACCAACGGUUCGCAGUUUUUCAUCUGUACAGCCAACACACCGUGGUUGAACGGAAAGCACGUUGUGUUUGGUCGUGUUACUGAGGGAAUUGACGUGGUGAAGAGCAUUGAACGGUUGGGUUCCGAUUCGGGGAAAACGCGCGGUCGAAUCAUCAUCGCGAAUUGUGGUGAGCUGCAGACGCAGAAGGAAGGUGCAGCCAAAAAGGAGAAGGUUAAGGCGAAGGAAGGAAACAAUGCAGGGAAGCUGUCCACCAUUGUCGAAGGGACCGGUGGAGCAAAGCGUCCACGUGAAGAUGUGGAGGAUUUGGAAGAACGGAAGAAACGCAUCCGAGAGAAGAGGGAGAGGAUAGCGAAACUCCGCGCCCAGGCGGAAGAGAAAUAA